AUGGGAGCCACAGACGAAACGAAGAACCUCAUUCGACACAAAAUGUCCUCCCUCCUCAUGGCUCAUAGGCCGCGCGACGUGCUUUCCAAGGUCGAGCGCGAUGCACUUAAAGAACUCAGGGCAGACAACGACCUCGUUAUAGUGCCUGCGGACAAGGGGCGUUCAACGGUCGUACUGGACAGGACAGACUACAAUCAAAAAGCCAAAAGCUUGUUUGAGGAUCGUCAGUCCUAUGUCCCAUGCGAAUACAACUCCAUAAAAACGUUGACACGCGAGAUUAACGCGACACCGCUGGCAAUGGAGAACUCAGGUGCAAUAUCGCCAAUCGACCGACGCAUGGCGAGAGCACAAGAAACGGCCCUAGCCCGAUUCUACAGUCUCCUAAAAGUACACAAAGAGGGCGCUCCUUUCCGGCCUACCGCAUCGCUAACGGGCACUCCAAGCUACGGCAGGGGCAAAGUGGCUGUUUUGACGUCUCAAGAUUCUGACCUCCGAUUCGAACACCACAGUCAACUCUUCAACACAGUUCUUAGAUAA